AUGAAUGGCUUCCAAGGAUAUCGUUCCGGUGCCAUUGGGUCCUCCGAAGGCGUCCUUGAGCUGUGGCAUAAUCACAGACUUUCAAUCUUGAGCGUAGCAGCCUCGAUACUUAUGCUCAUAUUGCUCGGAUUGUCAUGGUUCCGGAAGCAUGAGGCUUCUCCAGUCAUCUUAGAGCGAGGAAUGCCCAGUACAAAGACUGCUACGACCGAACAGCCCCCUGUACGGGAAGAGAAGGCCGUUCCCCUCAGAGUAACGCCGAAGGAAACAACGGAUGGUCCGCGGCGCAUCAAAGGCGAACCACGCAAGCCCAAUGGGUUGCGCACAGUCUCCAAACCCAAUCCCGAGCGGCGGAUACAGGUGCUCGUCUUCUACUCUUCGUUGACAGGGACCACCGAGAAGAUUGCCAGUGGCUUCUUGGAAACCUUGAAAGCCUCGCUAGAAGAGCAGGAUUUUGAGCUGAGAGAAUCGAUUCUCGAACCUCAGGUGCUUGAUCUGGCACAGGUUGAUUACGAUGAAUACUUCAUCAGCCCGCCGAAGCCGGAAGAUCCAAACUCUCCAGUUGACUACCUCUACUUGUUUCUUCUGCCAAGCUACAACAUCGACACGAUCAACGAAAACCUGCUUGAGCACCUCAAGGAGACGCAUCACGACUUCAGGAUUGACACUGCUCCAUUGUCGGGUCUCCUAGGCUACUCAGUGUUCGGACUCGGAGACCGAGAGGGGUGGCCGACUGAAGAAGAUGGUUUCUGUUUCCAGGCAAAGGAGGUUGACAAGUGGAUGGCGAAGCUGACGGGUCGUAAAAGAGCCUACCCGCUGGGUAUGGGGGAUUCAAAACGAGACCUUACGGAACGCCUGAGUGAGUGGACAGACGGUGUCAGAGACGUCCUCAAACUCAUCGCGAGUACGGGAAGCCUGGGAGAAGGGGUUCCAGGCAGCGGAGACGCUGACGAAAGCGACUAUGAGGAGGCCUCCGGAGAGGAGGAUGAUGACGUUGAAGUCAUGAUCGACGAGUCUGCACUGUCAAGGAAGCAGAAAAAGGCAAGGGGGGGAAACAUCGAUGAUCUUGAGGAUCUAGGGCGGAUAAUGAAGUCGUCCCAGGACGAUUCCAAACCCUCUAACAAAGCAGCACCAAUUGCUGUGGACUUUACAACUUACAGCAAACGGUCCUCAAAGAAGCCACCGCAAUCCGCCAAGGAGAUGGUGCCGAAGGAGUCGCCCACCUACAAGUCCUUAACGAAACAGGGCUACUCCAUCGUCGGCUCACACUCAGGGGUCAAGAUCUGCCGCUGGACGAAAUCCGCAUUGCGCGGACGAGGGUCCUGCUACAAAUUCUCCUUCUACGGCAUCGCCUCGCACCAAUGCAUGGAGACGACGCCGUCCCUCUCCUGCUCCAACAAGUGCGUCUUCUGCUGGCGCCACGGCACGAACCCCGUCGGCACGACCUGGCGCUGGGUGGUCGACCCGCCGGACCUGAUCUUCUCCGGCGUCAAGGCCGGCCACUACCAGAAGAUCAAGAUGAUGCGCGGCGUCCCCGGCGUGCGGGCGGAGCGCUUCGCCGAGGCCAUGCGCAUCCGCCACUGCGCCCUGAGCCUCGUCGGCGAGCCCAUCUUCUACCCCUACAUCAACGAGUUCCUCGCCAUGCUGCACGGCGAGCGCAUCUCGUCGUUCCUCGUCUGCAACGCGCAGCAUCCGGACCAGCUCGCGGCGCUGAAGGCCGUGACGCAGCUUUAUGUGUCUAUCGACGCCAGCAACAAGGAGUCGCUGCGCAAGAUCGACCGCCCGCUCCACCGCGACUUCUGGGAGCGGUUCCAGCGGUGCCUCGAUAUCCUGCGCGAGAAGCGCUUCAAACAGCGCACCGUUUUUCGUUUGACGCUCGUCAAGGGCUUCAAUGUCGAUGAUGAGGUGCAAGGGUACGCGGACCUCGUCGAGAAGGGCCUGCCGUGCUUCGUCGAGAUCAAGGGCGUCACGUACUGCGGGACGUCGACGAGCGCCGGCGCCGGGCUGAGCAUGGCCAACGUGCCCUUCUACGCCGAGGUGACCGAUUUUGUCGAGGCGCUGGACGCGGAGCUCCGGAAGCGGGGGCUCGGCUACGGCAUCGCGGCCGAGCACGCCCACAGCUGCUGCGUGCUGAUCGCCAGCGAGCGGUUCCGCGUCGACGGGAGGUGGCACACCCGGAUCGACUACCAGCGGUUUUUUGAGCUGCUCGAGGAGAGGGGCGCCGACGGCGAGUGGACGCCUGAGGACUACAUGGGGCCCGAGACGCCCGAGUGGGCGACCUGGGGCAAUGGGGGCUUCGACCCAAGGGAUGACCGGGUGGAUCGCAAGGGGCGGAAGAUCGAGGCUGCCUAG